UUUCUGCGCGAUCCAACCUAAUCUCUCCUUUAUCGUAAUCCAAUCUACUCCGUGUUUGAAAAAAGAAAGAGUCGUAUGAAUGCUGCUGUGUUGUUAAUCUUUUUUGCGGGAACAAACAUUUUGUAAAAUAAAUAUCUAUAGGUUAUAUUCUGAAUUCCUUCUCGCUAAAAAUGUUUUCCAUAUGCAAGAAAGGCGAAAUGGAGAUCGAUAUAAUGUUGGACGAGCCGCUGACUAAUGAUUCGUGCACAAAAAUAGUGAUGGAACUCGUGAAAUACGUUCUAUAUCAAAAACAACAAAUACCGUUCGCGUAUGAAGCGUUAGACAAGUUUCAGACGAGCGUGAAGGCGACAGAUAGAAACGCGAUCUCCUUUAAAACCUUAUCGAAUAUGAUGAAGAACGUCUCGGAUCAGUUAUCCUCGCAAUUCUUUCUCAAGGGUUGCGACGUGAAAGAAGUCGCUAUAUUACUUGGCGCUACGAUACUAUCACCAAAACUCUGCAUUGUGAUAGAGCUUCCCUCAUACAUUCUCAACAGCAAGCAGCAUAGGGAAUAUCAGCAUUCUUCGAGAAAACCCCUUUUAAAACUCAUGAGGUCCCUGUUGGAAUGCGGCGAGUUUCAGGAGGCCAUGAAUAUACCUUUAAGUAUGACAAACAUGUUCAUCAUGUUGAAGAAAAAUGAUGACAAUUCAGUAUCAGACUUUUUCUUGCCUAAACCACAAUACGUGCCACCAAUGCAAACUGCAAGUUGCUUCAGAAUCAAACUAUGCCAAAGUGAUCAAGUGGAUACGCGGUGUAAUUGCGAGUCACUUGUUGCAGUAUAUCAUGACUCGUAUAAGAUACAGCUAGAAAAUGAAGAUAAUGUGCAAUAUACUCAAUACAAUAGUUCUACUCAUUCUUUGUAUCAAUGGUAUCAAUCCAAACAAAUUAUAAAGGGAUUUAAAUUCCGUUCGUGACCAUAACUUUAUGAUAUAACAAUUAUAGCGGAAAUUGAAAUUUUUUUAGAGCAUGUUAAAUAAUUUUUCACUUUAGAGUAUUAUAUAGCUGUAUCAUAAAUAAUUUGAUUGAAAGUCAUGAAACAGUAUUAAAUGCAUAUUAAUGUAUGUAAUAGCAAACUAUUUGCAUUUAUAUGCAAUGACAUUGCAAUGACAUGAUGUGACUCGACAAAUUCCUUGAGGUCACACGAUAGAAAUUUCCAUACGCUAUCAGAAAGAACCAAUACGAUGUUUUUGCUCAUAUCAACAUAACAAGAUAAGCAUUUUUGUAUGUCAGCUUACGUAAUCAAGAAAUUGGACUUCAAAAUUAUGCAAUAAUUAAACAUUUUAUUUAUCAAUAUACAUAUAUUAUACAACAAAUAAGAUAAGAAUUAUGUUAUUGGUGAUUUAUUGUAAGAAAAAUGAAAUUUUGUAUAAUCACAUUGAUAUUUUAUAUCAUAUAUAUAUAUACAUAUAAAUAUAAUGUUAAAUAUUUUUAUCUUGAG